UUCCAGGGUCUUUUGCUUUCCUUGCCUGAACAUAUAAGUAACUUAGGAAAAUGGAAUAUCUAUCAAUUCUUGUUGAUGCUUCUCAUGCUUUGAAUUAUUAUUGUAUCGACAUGAUGUAAAUUAGCCUGUUUGUUGAGUUGUGCAAUUUACUUGAAACUAGCCUUCUGAAGGAUUGUUUCCCUGUUGUGAAACUGGCGGCAACCUGGUUGAACUCAUGUUGAAGGAGUACCAUACUAUGUUUCUGUAUGAUAAGCAGAGUAAUAUUCGCUAUUAAUAGCUUAUGGUAAACUCAUAUGGCAACAGAAAUUGUGAACAUAUGCACUUGAAUUCAAAGAACAAUACCUGACAAUUCGGGCAGUCAGUAAGUUCCUUAUAUCUAUGCAACUGUUAACUCAUCCUACAAUAUCCAUCAAAAACCAGACUUUUAAAUUUACUUCAUGAUGGAUCUCUUUAUGCCCCUUGUGUUUUUAUGCCAUCUUUAAACAGGUGGAAGAGCUUUACUCUCUCGAUGUGGACUCUCUUAGUGAACUGCGGUGAGAAUCUUCAUUUUGGUGUCAUCAGUCUUUUUUGCUCUCUCGAUGUUUUUAACACGUUCUUCCUCUCUACUUCGCAUAGGCCAUUAUAUGGGUUGAUUUUUCUCUUCAAAUGGAGGCCCGGUGAAAAGGAUGAACGGCCUGUUGUCAGAGAUCCUAAUCCAAACCUUUUCUUUGCUCACCAAGUCAUCAAUAAUGCAUGUGCUACUCAAGCUAUUCUCUCAGUUCUCAUGAAUCGCCCAGAAAUUGACAUAGGUCCAGAAUUAUCUCAAUUAAAGGAAUUCACAGGAGCUUUCCCACCUGAUAUGAAGGGCUUAGCUAUCGGCAACAGUGAUCCUAUUCGGACAGCUCAUAACAGUUUUGCAAGGCCAGAACCCUUUAUUUCUGAUGAGCUGAGAGCUGUGACUAAGGAUGAUGAUGUGUACCAUUUCAUAAGCUAUUUACCUUUUGAAGGUGUCCUCUAUGAGUUGGAUGGACUGAAGGAAGGGCCUGUAAUCAUUGGACAGUGUGGUGGUCCUGAUGACCUUGGUUGGCUACGGAUGGUGCAGCCAGUUAUACAAGAAAGAAUAGAUCGCUAUUCACAGACUGAGAUUAGGUUCAAUCUUAUGGCCAUCAUCAAAAGUAGGAAAGAGGUGUAUAGUGCUGAGCUGGAGGAACUGGAGAAGAGAAGGGAGCAAAUUUUGCAGGAGAUGAAUGAGACCUCCGCCACAGAAUCCUUAAACAAGUCACUUGCAGGGGUGAUAUCUGCAAUUGAAACCGUCACCGAGAAGAUUGUCAUGGAAGAAGAGAAGUUCAAGAAGUGGAAGACGGAGAACAUCCGGAGGAAGCACAACUACAUCCCUUUCCUGUUCAACUUCUUGAAGAUGCUUGCAGAGAAGAAGCAGCUAAAACCAUUGGUGGAGAAGGCCAGGCAGCAAAAAUCAUCCAGCCCUAGCACGAGAUGAUGGUGAAAUGUCGUAGACUGGUAGUUUGAUGUAUCAGGUGCCUAGGGUUAAUUGCAUCUUUCCCUCUUUGAGCGCGUUAUCUUAUAAGAUACAUUAUCUAGUUGGCAGCUUCGAGAUAUUACUAAUAUUAUAAACCAUUUUGUUCGAUAUGGUGUAUUAUCAGUUAUGCCAUUUUUUGUUGAGUAAGUACAUUGUACAAGCGGUCAAUUUAAUCUUCCAGGGUGGCCACAUUGUUUAUUUUA